AUGAGUGUCUUGAAGUUAUUCCUUAAUGCAUUAGUUGCGGGUAUUUCUAGAGAUGAAGCAGGAAGGGAUAAACGUAGCCACGAUGAUCCUGGGAAUGGCCAGAUUUCCAUUCCAAUAAAUUUGAAUAGGGAGAUUCUGUAUGAGAGCUUUAUAUCUGUAGAUUCCAUGGUAUUUAUCUUUGAGAUGAACCAAUUUACUGAGGAGUCUCUAGAAGAGUUUAUAAAGAAAACAGUGUUUACUGCCGAGGAACUUCUACUCGAAAAUCCCUCGGUCUUCGAUAAGUUCAAUAAUUAUCUAGAAGAGGUUGACGGGGUAGAGAAAAAGCUAAAGGAUGCAUUGGAGCUUCGGAACAAGUACUUUGCAAACGAUAGAUCAUUGAUAGGGAGAAAUCUGUCUGCAAAGAAGUACAAAUCACUCCACUCCAGGACGAAUGGACAUCUUCCAAGAUUGUACUAUGAGAAUAAAGAUAAAGAGUAUCUUCAAAUGAUGAAAAGGCUUAUUAGUGCCAAAUAUGAAGAAGAUGGAAUGUACAAGGCAAUCAACAGAGAGAUGGCAGAAUUUUAUGGCGAAAGAACCGAGAUCCCCAAAUCAUUUGUCCUUGACUCUAGAGUUAGUCUCAGCAUUGGGGGAUCUAUAUUUUCUCCAGGGAUUCUCGCAGAUUUAUUCCGAAGGUUGAGUGUUCCAAAUGUGUCGGAGAUGAUUAAUAGAACAGUUCCAAGGCUCCUUGCUCCGGUGGAAGACCUUGUAUCUAAGAUUCAUUUGAAGACAUCCACGGAGAAAAGAUCCCAGGUGUUGGACUUUCUCUAUAGCUGCCUGGAGAGGAAGGACAGCCCUUUUAAGGAGAAAAUAGAUCGAGCCUUUGAGGAAAGGACAAAGAUACUAGAGAUCUACUUGAAAGGAGAUCCAAAGGCACGGCAGAAGCUGCAGAUACUCGAUAAGCUUCAAGAGGACGAAAUAUCCAAGCUCAUAUUUGUAUUUAGGAACAUAGAGGACGACGAUCUGUCUCUAAGAAUAGAUAAGCCUGUAGUCAAGACAUAUAUUGAUCUACUUGAGAAUAAUCAAAAAUCUACAAAAGAGCUUCUAUACAGUAUGUUUAUGGAAUAA